AUUACCAUAAAAGAUGGCAACAGUAAUAACUGCUGCUAUAUUUUAGGUUAUUUUUUUGCGCCUGCGUUCUAAUGAGAUACUUACACACAUACGUAGUCAUAUAGAAUAGAAACAGCUAUAUGGAUUUACCAACAGAAUUAGAACGUAUGUGUAUGGAUUAUUGAAGUGUCAUUAAUGGUUGGUAAUUACAUUAUUUUUGGAGCAAUAUCGAUAGCAAUUUGUUAUCAAAGUUUUAUAUAGCUUGAGGCAUUGGAGGUGUUAUAAUAACAUGAAAUCAUCUAUCAGGUAAUACAAACAUCUAAUCAUGAAGUUGUGGAUCCUCCUUGUCCUGUUCAAUGCCCUAGUGGGAUUGGGUUUAUGUAGUGAUAUCACUAGUGCUGUGUUUGGAAAAGAAUUGGAUGGAAUGCCAGCAGCUUUCGGUGAUUUCGAUUCAGAUGAACUGACAGAUGUAUUUGUACUGCGUAAUGAUGGAAGAACCGUACAAAUUAUGUUGGCAUCCAAUGAGGAGCCAUUGCUGCAAGCAAGGAAAAAAUACAGUUGCACAUUUGAUGAAAAAGUUAGCAGUGUUGUCCCAGGAGACUUUGAUGGAGAUGUUUUCAUGGAUGUUCUGGUUACUACUCAUGUAAAUAAAACCACUAAUGUUUUUAUUUUAUGGGGUAGCAAUGAAAGACUUGAUUGUUCUGAUGCAAAAGUGCCAUUGAUUCAAAUGCGAGGCCAACCAUUGGCCAUUGAUUAUAACCAAGAUAUGAUUAUUGAUUUGUUUGGUUCUGAUGUACAUGGCAUAAGAACCUUCUGGAUUUUUAGCACCAAUCGAACAGAACAAACACCAAUAGUCAUGAAGAAACCCAAGAAAUUAGAAAAACUGUUGCCAAUUCGUCGGCCUCAUGCUAAUGCUUUUUUGAAUUUAAACAGUGACUAUUAUGCUGAUCUAGUUGUAACAACAGAUGAAUAUUUUGAAAUAUGGCAUGGUAAAGAAAAUGGAUUUGAAUUCAAAGAGACAAUUCCAUUACCCACUAUUCCAACAUUAAAAACAUUAACAAUAGGCCAAUCAUUGCACUUGGAUGUAGAAUUGGAAGGAAAAACUGAUCUUAUUUUACCUGUUUGUUCACUAAAUUCUAAUAAUAGCUGUGAACAAAGUUCUAUUAUGAUAUAUUCAGAUGGAAAAUGGCAAGAUAUAAAUAUUAAUUUCAUGGACAAUUCAAAAACACAAUGGAAUUUUGCUUUUGAUGGUGGACGGCGAUAUGUAGAUACAAUAACAAUCAGAGGUGGAGAUUUCAAUAUGGAUGGGUACCCAGAUCUACUUGCUACAUUACAAUCGAAUACAAGUCCACCUAAAAUGCGCUCAUUCCUCCUCGAAAAUGUUCAGUGCGAUCAAAAUUGUGGGGCUUUUGAUAGAACUUUCACUGUGCGUUGGAAUGCACUGAAUCCAUUUGUUAAUGAGAGUGUUAUGGCAGUAUUUUAUGACUUUUAUCAAGAUGGUGUAUUGGAUGUAAUAUUGGUACUCAAGGAUCUUAAGGACAAAAAUAUUUAUAAAACAGCAGCCUUUAAGAAUAGCCUUGACUAUGAUGCUAAUUUUCUCAAAGUAAUGGUACUCACUGGAAGAACAAACAGUAAAUAUCCAAUCUCACCUGGUAGUUCGGGAAAAAAGAAAAGGACAUAUGGAACAAAUUUACCUGGUCCUUCAAUUUCAUACCAAACUACUACCCAAGAUAGUAGAUUAAGAAAUGCCAUUGCUGCACAGUUGCCUCAGAGUGCUCAUUUUUCAUUGAAUUUACCCUAUACAACGUUUGGACUUGGAAGGACACCUAAUUUUAUUGAUUACUUGACGAUUGGGUUGUCCAAUAGAUCACGGGAAUGGCCGCAAAUCAUUCCGAAUUCACAAAUGGUGGUCAUACCGAACCCUGUGACGGACCCCUCGCGAUGGAAGGCGCAGCUUUUUGUAACACCAAGCAAACUGAUCUUGUUGAGUGCAGCCGCAUUGACUGCCACCUGCGGACUCAUUAUCGCGAUCAUUGCCGCUCUAUACUGGAAAGAAAGACGAGAAGAUAAAAUCGAGAAGUUGCAGGAGGCACAUAGAUUUCACUUUGAUGCUAUGUAA